AGCCGCUUCACACCCGUCUGCUGCCGCCGCCGUGCUUCUACGGGGGGAACCGCCGGACCGACCACCCAGGCCACCCUUUUCCAGCACCCACUCGCCUCCUCCCGUCUUUCUUUCCUUCCUUGACGCCCAAGAUGCCUCGCGGAGAUCGGGAGAGCGACUGGGUGAGUGAGAGGGAAAAGGAGCAGUUCCGCAAAUUAUUUAUUGGUGGCUUAAGCUUUGAAACAACAGAGGAAAGUUUGAGAAACUACUAUGAACAAUGGGGAAAACUAACAGAUUGUGUGGUAAUGAGAGACCCUGCAAGCAAACGCUCACGAGGAUUUGGUUUUGUAACAUUCUCUUCCAUGUCUGAAGUUGAUGCAGCAAUGGCUGCCAGGCCUCAUUCAAUUGAUGGAAGAGUAGUUGAACCCAAAAGAGCUGUAGCAAGAGAGGAAUCUGGAAAGCCUGGGGCUCAUGUUACUGUGAAAAAAUUGUUCGUUGGUGGAAUUAAAGAAGAUACUGAGGAGCAUCACCUUAGAGACUACUUCUCAGAAUAUGGAAAAAUAGACACAAUUGAAAUCAUUACAGACAGGCAAUCUGGUAAAAAGAGGGGCUUUGGAUUUGUAACUUUUGAUGACCAUGAUCCCGUGGAUAAAAUUGUAUUGCAGAAGUAUCAUACUAUUAAUGGUCACAAUGCAGAAGUAAGAAAAGCUUUAUCUAGACAAGAAAUGCAGGAAGUUCAGAGCUCAAGAAGUGGACGAGGAGGUAACUUUGGCUUUGGAGACUCUCGUGGAGGUGGUGGAAACUUUGGUCCAGGACCGGGAAGUAACUUCCGAGGUGGAUCUGUUGACACUUUAGGUAAACAACAAACUUUCUCUUCAGCAGAUGGCUAUGGAGGUGGCCGUGGUGGAUUUGGCGAUGGAUACAAUGGAUAUGGUGGAGGACCAGGAGGUGGCAAUUUUGGAGGCAGUCCUGGUUAUGCAGGAGCAAGAGGAGGAUAUGGUGGAGGAGGACCUGGAUAUGGCAACCAGGGUGGGGGCUAUGGAGGUGGUUAUGACAACUAUGGAGGAGGCAAUUACGGAGGUGGGAAUUACAAUGAUUUUGGAAACUACAACCAACAGCCCUCAAACUAUGGUCCAAUGAAGAGUGGAAAUUUUGGUGGAAGCAGGAACAUGGGGGGACCAUAUGGUGGAGGAAACUAUGGUCCUGGAGGAAGUGGUGGAAGUGGGGGAUAUGGAGGGAGGAGUCGUUAUUGAUCUUCUGUAAGCUUUUCAUGGGCUUCACUGUAUAAAUAGGAGAGGAUGAGCCCAGAGGUAACAGAACAGCUUCAGGUUUUCGAAAUAACAUUGUUAAGGAAACACUUAUCUCAGUCAUGCAUAAAUAUGCAGUGAUAUGGCAGAAGACACCAGAGCAGAUGCAGAGAGCCAUUUUGUGAAUGGAUUGGAUUAUUUAAUAACAUACCUUACUGUGGAGGAAGGAUUGUAAAAAUGCCUUUGAGACAGUUUCUUAGCUUUUUAAUUGUUGUUUCUUUCUAGUGGUCUUUGUAAGAGUGUAGAAGCAUUCCUUUGAUAAUGUUAAAUUUGUAAGUUUCAGGUGACAUGUGAAACCUUUUUUAAAAAAUUUUCUCAAAGUUUUGAAAAGCUACUAGCCAGGAUCAUGGUGUAAUAAGACAUAACGUUUUCCUUUUAAAAAUUUAAGUGCGUGUGUAGAGUUAAGAAGCUGUUGUACAUUUAUGAUUUAAUAAAAUAAUUCUAAAGGAAA